ACAUCCAUGCCAAAUACUACUACUACAAGCUCAUUCUGUGAAUAUUCUGACGAGUUCAGCCUCAACCGGGAGACAAGAUGGAAGAGAUCUGUUAUCAGAGAUCACUAUGAGACAUCCAAACUAGCUGAAGAAACCCUCAGAGAGUCCAGAAAAGCAAGGAUGAUCAUGGAGCACAGCCUUGAUAGCACCAGAGAUACUCUAAAUAUCUGGCGAGACUUUGAAGAAAAUUAUAAUCACUCUAUCCUAAACCUUAAAGAAAGAAUAAAGAGUCACGAGGCACAAGAAAAGCGGAAGCAAGAGAGAAAGAUCAAGCUAGAGAUUAGACGCAUCCACUUGUCCAGGCCUACACAAAUUUCAUUGUUGAGAAAGAGCCAAAGAAAACCAAUCGAGAACUCUAAAAUUCAUUCUGAAGGUUUGAAAAGUUUAAAAUUCAGAUAAAUACUGCCCAUAUAUCUUAUUACUAAUUAAAUUCUCUCUUAA